AAACAAGUUAGGUGAAAAAACCAAAACACUUCCGCAAAAUUUCUCAUGAGAACAGUUUUUCUCCGGGAUUCAGUUUGAAACAUGGGGGCUUGUCUGGCCUUAUGUUCUAUCGCUAACUGCGCAUCAUGUCUGUGCAGUUCAGCACCCUGCCUCCUGUCCAGCUGCUGCCCAGCAGCAUACAACUCCACCGUCAGCCGUCUGGCAUUCUCCUUCUUCCUGCUCCUGGGCACCAUGGUGUCCGUCAUCAUGAUCCUACCUGGCAUGGAGACCCAACUGAAAAAGAUUCCUGGGUUCUGUGUCGGCGGCACCUCAAUACCUGGCCUGGAGAACAAAAUCCAAUGUGACAUCAUCGUCGGCUACAAAUCAGUGUACCGCAUGUGUUUUGCCAUGGCCUGCUUCUUCUUCCUCUUCUCCAUCAUCAUGAUCCGGGUGCGCAGCAGCAAGGACCCGCGAGCCUCCAUUCAGAAUGGAUUCUGGUUCUUCAAGUUCCUGUUGCUGGUGGGGCUCACUGUAGGGGCUUUCUUCAUUCCUGAUGGAACUUUCACCACAGUGUGGUACUACUUUGGUGUAGUGGGCUCAUUUAUCUUCAUCCUCAUCCAGCUCAUUCUGCUGGUGGACUUUGCUCACACCUGGAACCAGAACUGGGUGGAGAACGCUGAGAACGGCAAUAGCAAGUGCUGGUAUGCAGCUCUGCUCACCUUCACGUUCCUGUUCUACGGCCUGGCGUUUGCUGCAGUCGUGCUGUUCUAUGUGUACUACACCCAGACUGACGACUGUGCCACACACAAGACCUUCAUCAGUCUCAACCUCAUCUUUAGCAUUGUGGUGUCGAUUGUGGCCAUCUUGCCCAAAGUGCAGGAAGCUCAGCCCAGUUCCGGUCUACUCCAAUCCUCCCUGAUCUCCCUCUACACCAUGUAUCUGACCUGGUCAGCCAUGACCAACAACCCCAACCGUAACUGUAACCCAAGUCUUCUGAGUAUCGUCUCCAACUCCGCCACCCCCAGUCCUACUGUGCCCCCUGGGCAAGUUCAGUGGUGGGACGCACAAAGCAUUGUGGGAUUGGUCAUCUUCAUCCUCUGCACUCUGUAUGCAAGUAUUCGCUCGUCCAACAACAGUCAGGUGAACAAGUUAAUGCGGACGGAAGAGACCGAGGGUCUGGCAGCGUCCGACGCUGAGGCUAUGGGCGAUGACGGCGUGCGGCGCGCCGUGGACAACGAGGAGGACAGCGUCACCUACAGCUACUCGUUCUUCCACUUCAGCCUCUUCCUGGCCUCCCUCUACAUCAUGAUGACCCUCACCAACUGGUACCAGUGAGUAUCCAGUGCUGUCCAGUACUUAGGGAGAGAAGCCAAAUCAGUGUGUCACUGCCAGGGGGAUUUCAUCCCAUGUUAUCAGUAGCCACAACAACGAGGUAGUGUUGAAUGUAAUGAAUACAUUUUGACCUGUGUGUGUGUGUGUGUGUGGUGUGUGUGUGUGUGUGUGUGUGUGUGUGUGUGUGUGUGUGUGUGUGUGUGUGUGUGUGUGUAUGUGGCUGUGGCUGUCUGUGUUUCCCAGCCUAUAUUCCCAAAUCCUAAAAGUUUUUCACCCUUGCCAAUAAUGUCAAUGUUUUAUGACAUACUUUGGAUCAAUACCCUUACUGUACAUUGAUUACGUACAUUGGAUCAAUAUUCUCCUCUUCAAUAUAAUCUAAUGACCGUGGUGUUGCUUCAGUCAGAGCCUAGUCCUGACAUUUAUUCAUGUGACUUUCAGUCAAAGGUGUGUUAAUGCAUUGUCCUUCUCAGACUAGUACUAAUUCUUGAAGAGAUGGCAGAAUAUCCCAUUUCAGUAAUGGUUGCUAUUCCAUGAUGCAUGUGGCCAUUGUGAUGUAAAGUAGUAAGACCACAAAGCCAGUGUUGGCUACCGCUAAUGCUUAUUAAACUGUGCUGGAUGCACCAUUGAAAUUCA